AGGAGCGGGACACCCCACGGGGACAGGAGCGGGACCCCACGGGGACAGGAGCGGGACCCCACGGGGACAGGAGCGGGACACCUCGCACCAGCCCCAGUUCUUGCUCCGCAGCCGGAGGGUCCCCAGACCCCGCGGAGCCGGGCACGGAGAGGGGACCGCAGGUCCUCGGUGUCCCCGCACGCCACAAGCCUCACGAACCAGCCCGGAGCCGUCCCCCGCCAGCCUUCCCACCGGACUCCGUCACCCAUCGGAGCCCGAUGAGGCACUGAGGCCGUGCGUGAACCUAUGCAGGCCAGGAAGAAAUACCUUUUCGUGACUCUGCUCGCCUCCUGGCUCCUGCUCUUCCUCCUCGGAGGGGACCGCCUGCGCCGUUUCGCUUUCUUUUCCCGGACCGAAGCCGGGGCCCCGAGGACCUGGCCCCGCUGGGCCGAUCGCGCCCUCCUCAAAAGCUUCGUGGCCCCCGAGGAGCCGCAGAGCCAUGGGGACCUGCCCUCGCCCCGGGCCCGGCGCGCGGCGCGGCUGAGCGCCUACAAGGGCAGCCGGUGCCGCAUGGAGACCUGCUUCGACCUCGGCCGCUGCCAGAGGCACGGCUUCAAAGUCUUCGCCUACCCGCGGGAGCGCGGCGAGCCCGUGUCCGAGAGCUACGGCAAGAUCCUGGCCUCCAUCGAGCGCUCGCGCUACUACACGCCGCGCCCCGAGGAGGCCUGCCUCUUCGUCCUGGGCAUCGACACGCUGGACCGCGACCGCCUCUCGGGCCACUACGUCCCCGGCGUGGACGAGAAGAUCCGCGGCUUCCCGCUGUGGAACGGCGGCCGCAACCACCUCGUCUUCAACCUCUACGCGGGCACGUGGCCCGACUACACCGAGGAGCUGGGCUUCGACGUCGGCCAGGCCAUGCUGGCCAAGGCCAGCUUCUACGCCGAGAGCUUCAGGCCCGGCUUCGACGUCUCCAUCCCCCUGUUCCCCAGGGACCACCCGCAGCGGGGCGGGCAGAGGGGGCGGCUGCGGCGCGGCGCGGUGCCCCCGAAGAAGAAAUACCUGCUGGCCUUCAAGGGGAAGCGUUACCUGACCGGCAUCGGCUCCGGCACCAGGAACGCGCUGCACCACAUCCACAACGGGCACGACAUCGUCUCGCUCACCACCUGCAAGCACGGCAAGGACUGGGAGAAGCACAAGGACACGCGCUGCGACAAGGACAACGUCGACUACGAGAACCGGGGUGGUUUGGGCGGAAAAAAAAGCGGUUGGUGCCAGGACGAAGCGCGAGGACCAGCGGGGAGGUCCCCGUCCCACCGCCUGGGGACAGCCCACGGCCACCCGGCCCCGAGAGCAGAUGGAAGGGCCGCGUGGGACAUCAUCCUCAAAGCGUCUUAGGAGGUGCCGGGAGGUAAAAGUGAAGCCGGGGACUGGGGGCACUGGGAUUAGCCGGGGCUCUGGGGCCGCUCGGGCAUCGCCUGGCCCCGACACGGG